CACUUCGAUGGUUUCUUUCCGCGUUUCUCUUCUUCCGCCAGCAGCAGAAGAAACGGAAGAUUAAUAUUCUGCUCCUUCGGACCUUCGCUUGAAACACCGAAGCGCUCUGCUCUCAUCCUUUGAUUUCGUUUGAGAGACUUUAAUUCACAGUGAGCAUUUAAAUUAGAUUUUUAGCCGAUUACGUUCAGAUUCCCAGAAAUCAGCCAUGACGAUGUCGAUAACAGAACUGGACGAUGAGACCGUACAUAAUAUGUCGAUCGGAGCCGUUUUUUCAGACUUUGUGGGGAAGAUAAGUUCAAUUGAUUUUCAUCGGACCAAGGAUUUAUUGGUUACUGCUAGCGAGGAUGACUCUGUGCGGCUCUAUGACAUUGCAAAUGCUACGUUGUUGAAGACCACAUAUCAUAAGAAGCAUGGUGCUGAUCGUAUAUGCUUUACUCACCACCCAAGCUCUGUUAUUUGUUCAUCAAGAUACAAAAUGGAUUCCAAUGAUGAGUCCUUGCGGUAUCUUUCCAUGUAUGAUAAUCGAUGCCUCCGCUACUUCAAAGGGCACAAAGAGAGAGUUGUUUCACUCUGUAUGUCUCCAAUUAAUGACAGCUUCAUGUCAGGUUCACUUGACCACAGUGUCCGAAUAUGGGAUCUUCGUGUAAAUGCCUGCCAGGGACUCCUGCGUUUGCGUGGUAGGCCUACUGUUGCAUAUGAUCAACAGGGACUUGUUUUUGCAGUCGCAAUGGAAGGGGGUGCUAUUAAAUUGUUUGAUUCACGUUCCUAUGAUAAGGGUCCAUUUGACACCUUUUUAGUUGGUGGAGAUACAGCUGAAGUCUGUGAUAUCAAAUUCAGCAAUGAUGGCAAAUCUAUGCUUUUGACAACAACAAAUAACAACAUAUAUGUUCUUGAUGCAUAUGGAGGAGAGAAGCGUUGUGGUUUCAGUUUGGAACCAUCUCCAGGUACUAGUAUAGAGGCAACAUUUACUCCAGACGGGCAAUAUGUGGUCUCAGGAUCAGGAGAUGGGACCUUGCAUGCAUGGAGCAUCAACAAGAGAAAUGAGGUUGCAUGCUGGAAUAGUCAUAUUGGUGUAUCAAGUUGCCUGAAGUGGGCUCCCCGCAGAGCCAUGUUCGUUGCUGCAUCCACUGCUCUUACAUUUUGGAUACCUAACUACUCAAAGUUGAAUGCAGAAUCCGGCGCUGCUGAUGUUGAUGCUGGAGUAUAGGUGGAACAUGUUUCUUAACCUAAACAUCGGUAUUUCACUCAUUUCUUGAUCCCUCACAGUAUAUGCUAUAAGCCAGAGCUUUGUUCUGCAAUACAAGGCAAGUGGAAACGGCACAAUUAUGUUGUAAUUAUUUCAAGGAAAAUUACUCAUCUUUCUUUCCACUUCAUAUGCCUUUUUUACUCAACAAAGUACAUUUUGGCAAUGCCAGUAGUUUUAGUGGGUCAAAAUUCCAUGUGCAACAACUUUGAGCAUGUCAUGUAUGUUGAAUGUCUCAGUACAUCAGAAAACAAAAAUCGUAUUCCUAAAGUUUUAAAGCAUAAUUAACUCAUCUUUGGAUAUAUCAUAUUACUGAUUCCCAGGAAUCCUUGGUUAUAUGAAUGAAUGUGAUUUUCAUUUUUUUCUAUUAAA